AUGUUUAAAGCUAAUCAAAGUAAAUUAAUAAACUACAGAUUUAGAUCAAAGUUUUUUUAUAAAAAAAAAUCAUCUAUUACCGGAUUUAAUUUAAAUAAUAAUAAUAAUAACAAAGAUAAUAACAAUAUAGAUACAAAUGAUAAUUCAACCAUAAAUAAUAGAUCUAUCAAUAGUAACAAUAAUAUAAAAUUUUCAACAGAAGAUAUUUUAUCCUCAUUACCAAACCCAACAACAAAAAAUUGGAAAUCAAAAGUAUGGUUCACUAUCAAUGAUGAUAAUCAAACCAAAGAUGAACUAUUAAAAGUUGGUGAAAGCAAUGACUCAUCACCAAAAUCCAUUAAAAAAGAAAUAAAUUUAAAAGAAGAAGAGGAAGAAACUCCAAUAUUUAAUAGUGAGGAAAAUAAAGAUAAUAAUGUAGAUUCAGAAAAAGAUAAAAAAAGAAAAAUCAAAAUAACCAAAAUAACCAAAUCACCUUUAAAGAAAUAUAAUGAAAUUGAAAAUGUAAAUGAAAAUGAAAAUGAAAAUGAAAAUGAAAAUGAAAAUGAAAAUGAAAAUGAAAAUGAAAAUGAAAAUGAAAAUGAAAAUGAAAAUGAAAAUGAAAAUGAAAAUGAAAAUGAAAAUGAAAAUGAAAAUGAAAAUGAAAAUGAAAAUGAAAAUGAAAAUGAAAAAGAAAAAGAAAAAGAAAAAGAAAAAGAAAAAGAAAAUGGAAAUAGAAAUAUAGUUUUAUCAUUAAAAGAAGAAAAAGAAGCUGAAAUAACUGCAUUACCAACAUCAAAAAAAAGUAAUGAUAGCAUCAAAAUAGCGAUCGAAUAUAACAUUGAAGACGAGAUUGAAAGAAAAGAAAAAGAAUUGGAGCAAUUAAAGGAGCUCAGAAGAUUGAAAGAGAAAAACAAACUUGAAGAGAAUGUACAGGUACAAGAAAAAGAAAAUAAAAGCAGAUAUCCACUUUCUGAAGAAUUAGGUGCAUUGGAUGAUAAUAUGGUUAAAUUAAAAGAUAAACCAAAACAAAAGGAAUCAAACGAAAAUAUUAUUAAUAAUAAUAAUAAUAAUUCAAUUUUAAACAAUCAAAUUUCAAACCAUUUGAAAGGAAAAAGCUUUGAAUUAAAAACAGUUGAAAUAUUUAAUGGAUUUGGAAUGAAUUUAAAAAGAACAGGUGGAAGAGACGACAAAGGUAAAGAUUUUGAAGGAGAAUGGAUAUUACCAGAUAAAAGAAAGAUUAAAAUUAUAGGUCAAUGUAAAAAUUUUAGUGGUAAAAAAGUAGGACCUUCAGUUCUUAGAGAGUUUGAAUCUACCUUUCAAAGAUAUGAAAUUAUUGGCAAUGAAGAGAAUUUAAAAUCGAUAAUAAAAGAUGAGUCACCAAUAGUGGGUAUUAUAACAUCAAGCACCGGAUUUUCACCAUCAAUCAAACCUUUAGCAGAAGAUAUUCAACAUCCAUUAAUUAUUUGCCAACUAGCCGACCAAGGAAUGAUAUCGUUUCAUAUGAAUACAAAAGCAAAACAAGUUUUACCAAAUCUAUUUAUAGGGCGUAGUAAACAAUCGUCAAUAAAUAAUGGUUUUCAACUAUUGGAUUUGUUUUAUCUUUAA